AUGAGUCAGACGAAGCUUUUGAGCAGCGGAAACUUAGACUGGAGUGAGAUCAUUCCGUAUGAAUUAACAGUCUCUCCCCACGAUCGAAACUCAACAAUCACUGCCUCUGAAGUGAUCAUCGCGUCUGCUUCUGGACUGUUUUACUUCAUUUUAUUCAUGGUCGGCGUCCUUGGCGUUUGGAUCAAGUCCUGCGCCAGGUUAUGCUCCUCUCAAGGAACUUUCUUCGUUUUCUUUAUUGGCGUGUUGAUCGCUUCCGUAAAUGUCUUCACCAAUUCAGACAACCUAGAGGUCAGACUCUACUUCCGUUCAUCUUCAGCCAUUGUUAUUGGCAUAGCUUACUUUCUGUUUGGAGCUUUUCUUUUCUUUUCAGUGCCAAGGGAAGGAGAACACCCACGGACGAUGGGCCACCAACAGCCUUCGAUGGGGUGUGUUAUCGGAAUGAUAACAUUGCCCCUGUUUUUAAUCGAAGCCUUGCUUUUAACUUUUACCUGUACAAAGGAAACUAAGAAGUCGUUCGAGGCCCACGAUCCUUCUGGGGAAUUAUGGAUUUUAGUUAUAACAGACAAAUCAGUAUUUCUCCUUCAAAAGUCUAUUCAGAUGGGCAUGUAUUUUUAUCUGCGUGCCACGACUCUUGUAAACGACGAAUACAAGGAUACCGCCGAGUUUUAUUUUAGACUACUGUCUUUCUUCAACUUGAUCGAGUGGAUUGACGCUCAGGUGAAUGGGGAUAAUGAUGUUUUAUUAAGCGGACCCAUUAUUGCAAAACUAGAUGGCUGGUUGGACGUAUUCAUAGUACUUUAUAAAGCUUUGAUUAUUGAUUACCGUUUACUAUGUAGCUUGCUCUUCCUGGAACAUUCCAUAGAGAUUGCAACUGAAGCCGCCGAUGAGAACCAACAAAAUAAUGCUCCAACAAUUAGUAACAUGACACCAAGGAAUCAACUGAGAAUGUGUGGUGGAUAUAUGAUGGGUGGUUUGUUCCUUACUGCCCCUCUGUUCUGUGCCCUUCAAUAUCUGGACAUCCUUAAUAUAAAAGGAUGGGUGGAGAUAUUCGCCAUUUUUGUCAACGUGGCAAUCUUAAUUUUUGGAACAUGCUUUCUUCUUAGCAAUAACUUAGAGGAUGGUGGAAAUAAAGAAGCACCUGGGGUGAAGACCAUGGUAAGUUGAUUUGCUGAUUUUACUAAACCUAGGCCUAGUGCCUAAAUCCUCUAGCUUGGCUUAUAGUUGUUGCUAAUGAAAACGGUUAAAAUAAUCUGAUUUGAGAAUGCACCUUCGGAAAUACGAACUUUUCACUUCAAUAUUGACAACAUUUAUCUUUUACUUCGUUUAUUUACAAUAAGAGGUUUGUUUAUCUUUAUGCUUAAUUUAGCUACGAUUAUUCAAUACUAUUACGAGAUAUGACUUUAUAGGAGACCAAGACUUUAGGAAAUUUAAAUGAAAUGUUACGCCGUUUACUAGAACAAACUGCUAAACAAAUGUCAUUGAGCAAAAUUUUAUAAACAGUAAAAGGUUGACUUUUUACUAUUAAGUUAUAAUAUUAUUACACAGCAGGUUGCAAUCCGUUUACCCUUUAUGUCAACUUGGAUCGAAGAAUUACAGUCAAACCUCCAUUUGCGACCAGCAGUUUGUAAGCGACCACCAUCAUAUAUCACAAAAAUUUUUAUCCUGUAAUAGAGUCCUAUUUUUAAAACUUCUCGAAAAUUACCACCUCUUCUGCGCGACCACUUUCUGGGCUGACCAUUUUAUAGAUUUGCAUAGCCUGCGUAGCAUGGCGGUUUUGGUUGGGCGCGCUGAGUAACAUAGGCGGCGGUCAGGCGGGCGAGGGCAGAGAAAUCGCGAGGAGAUUGGGGCGGGAGUUAUUUUUCUCAUGGCGUCGCCGUUUGUUCGAUCGCCCUUUCGCGCGCGUUUUGGCGGCUUCGCCGCUCAGUAGUGCUCCCGACAAAACCGCCAUGCUACGCAGGCUAAGAUUUUCGUUGCUUUGGAUCUCUUAGAUGCAAUCACGUGAUGCAAUUAUUAGUCUGUUCUCUUCGCUUAUGUAUGUCACUACGCCACGCACAAGUAUACGAAAAACUUUACAUGACAAAGUGGAACUACACGUAUGGUAGCUUAAAAAUAGCACGCAAUAAAUUCUGUUCUAAAACGUACACAUGUGUGAAGAUCUUCUUAAAAUUGGCCCCCUAUUGUUCGAUUCUCGUAAGCGUUUUUGGAUGGUCUCUUACGGGAGGUUCGACUACACUUGCAUAUUCUAAAAAACUAUGGUCAUAGAUUGCUAACCGUGCAAGAUUCCAAGGUUUAAAAUACAUAAUAUUUAACACAAGAGAAAGAUUUCUGACAUCGGUGUCCAAAGACCUUGAGCUCGAUUGCCCCUCCAUUUCUUCAAUACACUUUUCUUUUUCAACCUUUCUUGUUUCUUAUUUUUACAUCACAAUGUAUUUAAAAAAAUAUGAUAUUUGUAGCGACUAAUCUCACAGACCGUACAGAAGAAGAAACCACAAAAGCUGAAGACAGGAGCCGAUUCGGCUCCUGCUGAAGAGGAUUAUCUUCAACUAUUUGUUCUUCGAAGAGAAUCAAAUUCUUAUUGAAUUAUCUUAAGACGUUUUCUCUAACAUUUUCUAAUCUUUUUUUUAGGUUUGCUGCUUAGGUGCAGUUGGAUUUAUUUGUUGGUUGAUAAAAGGAGCCAUUGCCGCUUACUGGGCAGCUACUGCGCAUGACCGAGCUGAAUGGGAUGCUGCAAAGUUUUGUUUUCGUGGAUGCACAGCAGCAUUCCUUAUGUAUUUACUCAUGAAAGUUAACGCAAAGGCCCUGCCGUUACAAAAUCCAACCUCGACAAAAAAUCACUUUUUGGUUCCCAUUCUUCUGUUAGGCAUGUUUUCCAUGUUCUUGGCAACGUUGAUUGAUCAGUACCUUGGACCGUUCGAGAAAAAACUCAGGUUAUACAAUAUUUAUUCAGUUUAUCAUUCUGAAACGCACUUAAUUAUAUCUGGAGUGUAGAAUCAAAUUUUAAUUCUCAAACGGCAAACAACAGGUUCAAGUUGCUGACAACUCUCAAAUUAGAAAAUGAGCAAAUAAAUAGAUCAGUUUUGGAUGAAACUAUUAAUUUUUGAGGAGAUAUAACGAACUGUUAACCAGUUAAGAGAAAACGUGGUCACGUGAUGUUAUCGUUUGCGUAAACGAGAUUGUUAAAUCUCUCCUAUAAUUUGGGAAUAACUCUGAACUUGUCAUCUAACUGUCGUGAACGUUCCGUUUUGAUGUUUCCAAAGAAACAUUAACUAUUUGAGAAGUUGUAUCAGACACCCAAAGUAUUUCACACGCUAAAUACGUCAAACAUAAAAGAAAAUGGCAAAAACAUUCCCUCUCCAUCUCGCGUCUGUUUGUCUAAAUACUUGCUGAAGUGUCCUCCUAAAUUAUCUGAGGCUCUUCGGGCAAAGUAAGCUUGAAAUCAUAUCGUUUUGCAAGCCUAAAACCAGAGAGAUACGCUUCUCCGCAGGCUUCUCUGUGUUUUCGAUUUUGGAUCAAAAAUAACAGAGCGUUUCAGUUUCAUCAUUACUUCAAACGCGAUGAAAACAGCGGUAUGACCAACUUCGAAAUCUUGAAAAUGAGAAGUACUCAGAGGGAGCUGAGUUACGUGCUUUUCUGUUUGUCGUGAUCCAAUGAAACUACACUGUUUUACAGUUUUUGAAAUCUGUUAAUACCCAAACCAUCAGUACAGGGAGUGAUUCUCUCUAAGAUAGCAUACGACAUUCUUUGGUCCUCCAAAUUAAUUGCUUUCCUGAAUUAAGAGCGGUAGGGACCUGAGCUCAUAAUGCUGAACUCUUGAAGUGCGGUUCUUGGGUGUCCUUUAAAAGAAAGUUUACUGAAACGUCAAACCACAAGUUUGUCAAAUUUGCAUAGCUAAGAUAUAUCUGAAGUAGUAUAUCUGUAGUAGGCUUUUUCAGGUUAUUUCGCACCCAUUUUUUUAUUUAGAAAACGGAAAUACGAAAGUGGAAAUGAUCGUUGCAGUUGAAUAAAAAACCUAAUAAGUUGAAAAAAACCUGAAAAAAAAAAUUCAGUGGUCUGCUAUCCAGUUGGCUUGAUUAGCUUAAUGGAUAGAGCGUUGCGCCCGGUCAUCGCAAAGGUGGUGGUUCGAUUCCUGGUCAAGCCUUAUUUUUUUUUCAGGUUCUUUCAUAUCUUUAUCCGGAGUUCACAAUAUGAGUCACUUCAUAUAUUUCCAAAACUGAAACACGUUGAUAAGAAAGGAAUAUCUAUAGUUACAUGCGCCUUGCGAUUAUCAGGUUGAGACCUCGAGAUGUUUGAAAAGCACGAUUUGAAUAACGAUUUCCGAAUUCCUCCCUAGGCGACUUUAUAUCAUUGUCUCAUCUUAAGGUUUUUCUCUUAUUCGUAGAAGUGAAAUCGAUGAACAGAGCUUGGAGAUUCUCUUGGAGGCUGGUCCACCAAUGUAUCUUGGAUUCUUGAUUCAUCUGGUUUUGCACUUUAUAGUAAUCCAAUCAAGAAUCCGCAGACGACGACAA